CGACGGUUCCCGGCGUGCCUCGGAUUCCCUCGGUACUUUCCGGCUAUCCUCGAUACUUUCUAACGUGCCCCCUUGUUGUCUCUCGGCUGCCGUCCUCGAAACCACCGCCCCCUUUUCUGCUCCCUCCUCCCUGUGGGUCCCCGUCCCCCCCCCCCAGCCUGGCCCGGCUGGCGCCUCUGGCGCUACGGGCUGGGCAAGAUGGCGGCCUUCGGGAUCUUGAGCUACGAACACCGGCCCCUGAAACGGCCGCGGCUGGGCCCUCCCGAUGUGUACCCUCAAGAUCCCAAACAGAAGGAGGAUGAACUGACGGCCUUGAAUGUAAAACAAGGUUUCAAUAACCAGCCUGCUGUCUCUGGGGAUGAACAUGGCAGUGCCAAGAACGUCAACUUCAAUCCUGCCAAGAUAAGUUCCAACUUCAGCAGCAUUAUUGCAGAGAAGUUACGAUGUAACACCCUUCCUGACACUGGUCGCAGGAAGGCCCAAGUGAACCAGAAAGACAACUUCUGGCCAGUUACUGCACGAUCCCAGACUGCCAUUAACACUUGGUUCACUGACCUGGCUGGCACCAAGCCACUCACACAACUAGCCAAAAAGGUCCCCAUUUUCGGUAAGAAAGAAGAAGUAUUUGGGUACUUAGCCAAAUAUACGGUGCCUGUGAUGCGGGCUGCCUGGCUCAUUAAGAUGACAUGUGCCUACUAUGCAGCCCUCACUGAGACCAAGGUUAAGAAGAGACAUGUUGACCCCUUUAUGGAAUGGACUCAGAUCAUCACCAAGUACUUGUGGGAACAGCUACAGAAGAUGGCUGAAUACUACAGGCCAGGGCCUGCAGGAAGCGGGGGCUGUGGUUCCACCAUAGGACCCUUGCCCCAUGAUGUAGAGUUAGCAAUCCGGCAGUGGGACUACAAUGAGAAGCUUGCCAUGUUCAUGUUUCAGGAUGGAAUGUUGGACAGACAUGAGUUCCUCACUUGGGUACUUGAGUGCUUUGAGAAAAUUCGCCCUGGAGAGGAUGAAUUGCUGAAACUGCUACUGCCCCUACUUCUUCGAUACUCUGGGGAAUUUGUUCAGUCUGCAUACCUCUCCCGCCGCCUUGCCUACUUCUGUACCCGGAGACUGGCUCUGCAACUCGAUGGCAUGAGCACUCACUCGUCACAUAUGUCUGCUCAGUCGACAAGCACACUGCCCACCACUCCUGCCCCCCAGCCACCAACCAGCAGCACACCUUCCACGCCCUUUAGUGAUCUGCUUAUGUGUCCUCAACACCGGCCUCUCGUUUUUGGCCUCAGCUGUAUUCUUCAGACCAUUCUCCUGUGUUGUCCUAGUGCCCUGGUUUGGCACUACUCACUGACUGAUAGCCGAAUUAAGACUGGCUCACCACUUGACCACCUGCCGAUUGCCCCCUCCAAUCUGCCCAUGCCAGAAGGCAACAGUGCCUUCACACAGCAGGUCCGUGCAAAGUUGCGGGAGAUUGAGCAGCAGAUCAAAGAACGGGGACAGGCAGUUGAGGUCCGUUGGUCUUUUGACAAGUGCCAGGAAGCAACUGCAGGCUUUACCAUUGGACGGGUGCUCCACACUUUGGAAGUGCUGGACAGCCACAGUUUUGAGCGCUCUGACUUCAGCAACUCUCUUGACUCCCUUUGUAAUAGAAUCUUUGGAUUGGGGCCUAGCAAGGAUGGACACGAGAUCUCUUCAGAUGACGAUGCAGUGGUAUCAUUACUGUGUGAAUGGGCCGUCAGCUGCAAGCGUUCGGGUCGGCACCGUGCUAUGGUGGUAGCCAAGCUGUUGGAGAAGAGACAGGCAGAGAUUGAGGCUGAGCGUUGUGGAGAAUCAGAAGCAGCAGAUGAGAAGGGUUCCAUCGCCUCUGGCUCUCUGUCUGCUCCUAGUGCUCCCAUUUUCCAGGAUGUUCUCCUGCAGUUUCUGGAUACACAGGCUCCCAUGCUGACGGACCCUCGAAGUGAGAGUGAGCGGGUGGAAUUCUUUAAUCUGGUCCUGCUGUUCUGUGAACUGAUCCGACACGAUGUUUUCUCCCACAACAUGUAUACUUGUACCCUCAUCUCCCGGGGGGACCUUGCCUUUGGAGCCUCCGGUCCUCGGCCUCCCUCCCCAUUUGAUGACCCUGUUGACGACCCAGAUCGCAAGGAAGCGGAGGGCAGUAGCAGUAGCAAGCUGGAGGAUCCAGGGCUCUCAGAGUCUAUGGACAUCGACCCUAAUUCCAGUGUACUCUUUGAGGACAUAGAGAAGCCUGAUUUCUCACUAUUUUCUCCAACCAUGCCCUGUGAAGGGAAGGGCAGCCCAUCCCCUGAAAAACCAGAUGUUGACAAGGAGGUGAAGCCCCCCCUUAAGGAGAAGAUAGAAGGCACCCUUGGGGUCUUGUAUGAUCAGCCUCGGCACGUGCAAUAUGCCACCCACUUUCCCAUCCCCCAGGAGGAGUCGUGCAGCCAUGAGUGCAACCAGCGCUUGGUCGUACUGUUUGGGGUGGGAAAGCAGCGUGAUGAUGCCCGCCAUGCCAUCAAGAAAAUCACCAAGGAUAUCCUGAAGGUUCUGAAUCGCAAGGGGACAGCUGAAACUGACCAGCUUGCUCCUAUUGUGCCUCUGAAUCCUGGAGACCUGACAUUCUUAGGUGGGGAGGACGGACAGAAGCGGAGACGCAACCGGCCUGAAGCCUUCCCCACUGCUGAAGAUAUCUUUGCCAAAUUCCAGCACCUUUCACACUAUGACCAACACCAGGUCACAGCUCAGGUCUCCCGGAAUGUUCUGGAGCAGAUCACGAGCUUUGCCCUGGGCAUGUCAUACCACUUGCCUCUGGUGCAGCAUGUGCAGUUCAUCUUUGACCUCAUGGAGUAUUCCCUCAGCAUCAGUGGCCUCAUCGACUUUGCCAUUCAGCUACUGAAUGAACUGAGUGUUGUUGAGGCUGAGUUGCUUCUCAAGUCUUCUGACCUGGUGGGCAGUUACACGACCAGCCUGUGCCUGUGCAUCGUGGCUGUAUUGCGGCACUAUCACGCCUGCCUCAUCCUCAACCAGGAUCAGAUGGCACAGGUCUUUGAGGGGCUGUGCGGUGUAGUGAAGCACGGAAUGAAUCGAUCAGAUGGCUCCUCUGCGGAACGCUGUAUCCUUGCUUAUCUCUAUGAUCUGUACACCUCCUGUAGCCAUUUAAAGAGCAAAUUUGGGGAGCUCUUCAGUGACUUCUGCUCCAAGGUGAAGAACACCAUCUAUUGCAAUGUGGAACCAUCAGAAUCCAAUAUGCGCUGGGCACCAGAGUUCAUGAUUGACACUCUAGAGAACCCCUCAGCUCACACCUUUACCUAUACAGGGCUAGGCAAGAGUCUUAGUGAGAACCCUGCUAACCGCUACAGCUUUGUCUGCAAUGCCCUUAUGCACGUCUGUGUGGGGCACCAUGAUCCUGAUAGGGUGAAUGACAUUGCCAUUCUGUGCGCCGAGCUGACUGGCUACUGCAAGUCACUGAGUGCAGAAUGGUUAGGCGUCCUCAAGGCCCUGUGCUGCUCCUCCAACAAUGGCACUUGUGGCUUCAAUGACUUGCUCUGCAAUGUAGAUGUCAGUGACCUCUCCUUUCACGACUCUCUGGCUACUUUUGUUGCUAUCCUGAUCGCUCGGCAGUGUUUACUCCUGGAAGACCUGAUCCGCUGUGCUGCCAUCCCAUCGCUUCUUAAUGCUGCUUGCAGUGAACAAGACUCUGAACCUGGGGCCCGGCUUACCUGCCGCAUCCUCCUCCAUCUUUUCAAGACACCUCAGCUCAACCCUUGCCAGUCAGAUGGAAACAAACCUACUGUAGGAAUCCGCUCCUCCUGUGACCGCCACCUGCUGGCUGCCUCCCAGAACCGCAUCGUGGAUGGAGCUGUGUUUGCUGUUCUCAAGGCUGUGUUUGUCCUUGGGGAUGCAGAACUGAAGGGGUCAGGCUUCACAGUGACGGGAGGAGCAGAGGAACUUCCAGAGGAGGAAGGAGGAGGUGGCAGUGGUGGUCGGAGGCAGGGUGGCCGCAACAUCUCUGUGGAGACAGCCAGUCUGGAUGUGUAUGCCAAGUAUGUGCUGCGCAGCAUCUGCCAGCAGGAAUGGGUAGGAGAACGUUGCCUUAAAUCACUGUGUGAGGACAGCAAUGACCUACAAGAUCCUGUGUUGAGUAGCGCCCAGGCCCAGCGUCUCAUGCAACUCAUUUGCUACCCACAUCGACUGCUGGACAAUGAGGAUGGGGAAAACCCCCAGAGGCAACGCAUUAAGCGCAUUCUCCAGAACCUGGACCAGUGGACCAUGCGGCAAUCUUCCUUGGAGCUCCAGCUUAUGAUAAAGCAGACCCCUAACAAUGAGAUGAACUCCCUUUUAGAAAACAUUGCCAAGGCCACUAUUGAAGUUUUCCAGCAGUCGGCUGAGACAGGGUCAUCUGGCAGCACGGCAAGCAACAUGCCCAGCAGCAGCAAGACCAAGCCUGUGCUCAGCUCUCUAGAACGCUCUGGUGUGUGGUUGGUGGCCCCCCUCAUUGCUAAACUGCCCACCUCUGUCCAAGGACAUGUGCUCAAGGCUGCUGGGGAGGAGUUGGAGAAGGGUCAGCACCUGGCUUCCUCUUCCUCACGAAAAGAACGUGAUCGGCAAAAGCAGAAGAGCAUGUCCCUAUUGAGCCAGCAGCCCUUCUUAUCACUGGUGCUGACGUGUCUGAAAGGGCAGGAUGAGCAGCGUGAGGGACUCCUUACCUCUCUCUACGGCCAGGUGCACCAGAUUGUGAACAAUUGGAGGGACGACCAGUACUUAGAUGAUUGCAAACCAAAGCAGCUAAUGCACGAGGCACUCAAACUGCGGCUCAACCUGGUGGGGGGCAUGUUUGAUACAGUGCAGCGCAGCACCCAGCAGACCACAGAGUGGGCCGUGCUACUCCUGGAGAUCAUCAUCAGCGGCACUGUGGACAUGCAGUCCAACAAUGAGCUCUUCACAACCGUGCUGGACAUGCUGAGUGUGCUCAUCAAUGGGACCCUGGCUGCAGACAUGUCCAGCAUUUCCCAAGGCAGCAUGGAAGAGAACAAGCGUGCAUAUAUGAACCUCGCAAAGAAGCUGCAGAAAGAGCUGGGGGAGCACCAGUCAGACAGCUUGGAGAAGGUGCGCCAGCUGCUGCCACUGCCCAAGCAAACCCGGGACGUCAUCACAUGUGAGCCCCAAGGCUCCCUCAUUGACACUAAGGGCAACAAGAUUGCUGGCUUCGAUUCCAUCUUCAAGAAGGAGGGUCUGCAAGUUUCCACCAAGCAAAGGCUGUCCCCCUGGGAAAUUUUUGAGGGGCUGAAGCCAUCAGCAUCACUCUCCUGGGGCUGGUUUGGAACAGUCCGGGUUGACCGGCGAGUGGCCCGAGGAGAGGAGCAGCAGCGCCUGCUGCUCUACCACACACACCUUAGGCCCCGGCCCCGGGCUUACUACCUGGAGCCUCUGCCGCUGCCACCAGAAGAUGAGGAACCCCCUGCGACCACCCUGCUCGAGCCAGAGAAAAAGGCUCCAGAACCCCCCAAAACUGACAAACCCGGGGCUGCUCCACCUAAUACUGAGGAGCGCAAGAAGAAGCCCACCAAAGGAAAGAAGCGCAGCCAGCCAGCUGCUAAGACAGAGGACUAUGGAAUGGGCCCAGGACGCAGUGGCCCCUAUGGUGUUACAGUGCCUCCAGACCUUCUACACCACACUAACCCAGCUUCCAUGUCCCACCUUAGCUACCGGCAGACCUCCCUAGGCUUAUACACCCAGAACCAGCCACUACCCGCAGGUGGCCCACGUGUGGACCCAUACCGCCCUAUACGGUUACCAAUGCAGAAGCUGCCAACCCGACCACCUUACCCAGGAGUGCUACCCUCAACCAUGACUAGUGUCAUGGGGCUGGAACCCUCCUCCUACAAGACUUCUGUGUACCGACAACAACAGCCUGCAGUACCCCAAGGACAACGCCUUCGCCAACAACUCCAGGCAAAGAUACAAAGUCAGGGGAUGCUAGGACAGUCAUCUGUCCAUCAGAUGACGCCCAGCUCUUCCUAUGGUUUGCAGACCUCCCAGGGCUAUACUCCUUAUGUUUCUCAUGUGGGAUUGCAGCAACACACAGGCCCCGCAGGUACCAUGGUGCCCCCCAACUACUCCAACCAGCCUUAUCAGAGCACCCACCCUUCUACCAAUCCUACUCUUGUAGAUCCUACUCGCCACCUGCAGCAGCGGCCCAGUGGCUAUGUGCACCAGCAGGCCCCAUCCUACGCACAUGGGCUGACGUCCACUCAAAGGUUUUCCCACCAGACUCUACAGCAAACAUCUAUGAUAGGUACCAUGACUCCGCUGGGGGCACAAAGUGUCCAGGCAGGUGUCCGAACAGCUUCCAUCCUCCCUGAGCAGCAGCAACAGCAGCAACAACAACAGCAGCAGCAACAGCAGCAACAGCAGCAGCAGUACCACAUCCGGCAGCAACAGCAGCAGCAGCAGCAACAGAUCCUCCGGCAGCAGCAGCAGCAGCAGCAGCAGCAGCAGCAGCAGCAGCAGCAGCAGCAGCAGCAAGCACACCAGCAACAGCAGGCAGCCCCUCCCCAGCCCCAGCCUCAGUCCCAGCCCCAGUUUCAGCGCCAGGGACUUCAGCAGACACAACAACAGCAACAGACAGCAGCUUUGGUCCGGCAACUCCAACAGCAGCUCUCCAAUACCCAGCCACAGCCCAGUACCAACAUAUUUGGACGCUACUGAGCCUCACGGAGGAACCACUUGUGCACUGGAUGUGGCCCCACCUUCUAUUUCCAAGUCCCUUCCCAGACUUGCACCUAUAGUGGUCAAGCCUCUUCCCUCAGGCUCCAUUUUUAAUGCAUUUUUAGUAUUUUUGUUAACAUCAGGCAUUGAGCUGUUGGGUUUUGUAUAUUAUUUAUAUAGAGACCCCAGAGCUGUUGCACCCAAUACACAGAGCUUCUUUGCAAA